AAAUUUCAACACUAAAAAUGCGUCGUUCAUCAUUUACACCGGUUUUCAAUAUCAGCACACAGGAGCCACUCAUUGUGGUCGAAGAGACCAAUCCCACAGAUGAAGAUGGUGCUGACGAGCUACUGGGUGCCGUUGGUGGAGGUAAUGAAAGUUGUACAUCGGCAACCGCAAAAAGGACAAACAGUGAUGACUCGGAUCCAGAAUCACCCAAAAAUCCAUAUCUGCUGUGUCCAUUGAUGGACAUGCAACAAAGACGCAAACAUUCAUUGCCAUCACUGCAAAUAACCGAGGGUAUAACGGCCAGUCAGGUGAGGCGUCUCUCAGAUGUGGGUGGUGAAACUGGCGGUCUCAGUCCACAUGAUGUAGAGUUCUUGACCACACUAUCACAAUCACAGGCCGGGCCAUCGGGUGGCGGACGAAGACAUUCUGUUGUAACUAUAUCGGCUGUACCACCCACAUUAUUUGGACGUAAUCGCCGUGAAUCCAUAUCCGGUGCCCUCUAUACUGGAAGUCGUCGUGGAAGCGGCAUCCAGGGCCCACCACUAACAGAUCAUCGAGGCAGCAUUCACAAUCUACAA